CUCCUCGUUUGGACGUCUGGACCAUGGACAGGGAUCUGAGUGACGAGGACAGUGUGGUGGACCUGAGCUUCGAGGCCGAGAGCCCUCUGGCGCCCCCAGCUGAACUCCUGGAGAGGCUGCCCAGCUAUGACUGGCUUCUUCAAGGGGGUGGACGGCAGAUAUUCUUCCCCUCUUUGGAGGCCCCAGCGAGACCCCAGGAGCAAAUGUGCUGGUCCUCGUUCCUGGAGCACAGAGUCCCCGUGCUGACGGAGGAGGUGGCGCGGGAAGCCCUUCUCAGCUUCGUGAACUCCAAAUGCUGCUACGGCAGCGCGGCCGCCGGCCACCUCAUCAUCCAGGAGCUGAAGCCGAAGACCCUCUACAGGUAUCGACUAGAGACCUUCAGCGAGUCCAGGAUGAGUGAAUGGACAUUUCAGCCCUUUACUAACCACUCGGUAGAUGGGCCACAGAGAGGGACCUCCCCCAGGCUUUGGGACAUCAAGGUCCAGGUUCCCCCAAUGUUUCAGGAAGACACCAGGAAGUUCCAAGUCCCUCACUCGUCGCUGGUCAAGGAAUGCCACAAAUGCCGUGGGCGUGGGCGCUACAAGUGCAGUGGCUGCCACGGGGCCGGCACGGUGAGGUGCCGCUCCUGCAGCGGAGCCAAGCGCAAAGCCAGGCAGCCCCGGAGGUGUCCGCUGUGCACGGGGGCUGGCAGGCGGAGAUGCAGCACGUGCUUGGGGCGGGGGAGCAGGACCUGUGCCACCUGCAAGGGAGAGAAGAAGCUGCUGCACUUCGUCCAGCUGGUCAUCAGGUGGAAGAACAGCCUGUUCGAGUUUGUGUCUGAGCAGCAGCUGAACUGCCCUAGGGAGCUCCUUGCUAAAGCCAAAGGGGAAAACGUCUUUAAGGAUGAAAACACGAUGGUGUACCCCAUCGUGGACUUCCCGCUGCGGGAGAUCUGUCUGGCCUCCUGGCGGGGCAUCACCGAACACAGCGCAGCCCUGGCGUCCCGAGCGCGAGUCCUGCAGCAGCGCCAGACCAUUGAGCUGAUCCCCCUCACAGAAGUCCAUUACUGGUACCAAGGGAAGACUUCUGUCUACUACAUCUAUGGCACCGACCACAGGGUGUAUGUGGUAGACUACCCUGAGCGGUACUGCUGUGGCUGCACCAUCAUCUGACAUGGCACAGCUGUCCCCAGGGCCCGUCACUCAUUCGCCAAGGAGGACAACCAAGGGUUGUCCUCUGAGUUCACUAAUUGUUGGCUGCAAUGGAUAAUCGCAUACCAACCCUGGGAUGUCCUUCCAGAGAAUUCAGCUUAUUGUCUGUCAAGCCACAAGUCUCUCCGGAGCCCCUCUGGUGAAAUCCGUCAUGCGUUUAACCCAAGAAUUCAUCUACGCACAUUCCAUUAGGACAAAUAAUUUAAAUGGCGGGGCUUUGCCCCUGGC